AUGUUGUCGGCAUCCGGGGCCCUCGUAGCAGGGCGCCUGCUGGCCCAGCAGUCGUCGCAGUUGCUCACUGCGGGGGCGGUGGCGCUGCUGUCGAAGCGAUCGAUCAGGCAAGCACGCAGCGUGUCCUCUGCGCUGCGCGCGGAUGAGGUCAUCGGCAUCGACCUGGGCACGACCAACUCGUGCGUGGCCGUGAUGGAGGGCAAGACGCCGCGCGUCAUCGAGAACGCUGAGGGCCAGCGCACGACGCCGUCCAUCGUGGCGUUCACGGACAAGGGGGAGCGCCUCGUGGGCGUGCCCGCCAAACGGCAGAGCUUUUGA